CUAAGUGAAGGCAAGCCUGUUGCACGGGCAGGGCUGCUGAGAAUAGCGAUGAGUAUACAACCCGGACUGCUUUGGGGCGGCGGGCACAAAAAAGACACUGUUGUUUAUGGGAAAGCGUUUGUUAGUUGUACAGCAUGCGCGUAAGACCUGUUUUAAUCGUCUGAAAUGGAAAAUAACCUAACCGAAGAUGAGUGUGUGGAUUCGGGAGCCGAAACAGCAGGGUCUGACUUCAGCCCCAUGUCUUCCACUUGUAGUGAAUUGUCCAUGGGCGAUGUGCAGGACCCAUUUCUGGUUAGCGUCCAUAUCAUCACUGACCCGGGGAACGGCAGGACCCUCCAGAAAGCCAUUGAUAAAGUGCUGGCCUGGAUCCGCCCGGACCUGCAGCUUUUCCGUGUCUCUGAGCGAGGCUGCUGGAAGAAGCCAGAAAGGUGCAGGACUGGAAUCGUGUUCCAGCCCUCACUGGCCAUCAUCCUGUUCUUGCAGGAGGAGUACGGAGAGGAGCAGUUCCAGCAGCUCCACCAGUCCCUCCGACGCCCGCCUUGGCAGUACCACCACACGGAGAGAGUGAACGGCCGCAUGUUGCCCUACAUGCCCUGCAACCAGGACUUCUUCACCCUGUCCAACAGCACCCCACUGUGGGCCAUCCGUCAGGUGCACUAUGGCAAGGAGAUUGUGCGCUUCACUAUCUACUGCAGCCACGAGAACUUUGUGGACAUGGUGAAGAUGUACCAGUUGAUCCUCGAGAAGGAGGUGUCCCAGAAAAAGGGGGAUUUCUGCUUCUUCAUUGUGUACUCCAACAUGGACAUGCAGAUCCAGCUCUCUCUGAAGAGGUUCCCCAAGGACCAGUACCCCACCCCCACCGAGUCUGCAAUCAUCGAGUUCCGCGUCAAAGAGAUCGGCCAGCUGGUCCCCCUGCUCCCCAAUCCCUGCACCCCCAUUAGCGCUGUCCGCUGGCAGACGGAAGACUAUGAUGGAAACAAGAUUCUUUUACAGGUCCGAGGCUCAUCCAGAAACUCCCAUCGGAGGCCCACUCUUUCUCAGCUCGACCCCCAGCUGGAGUCAUCCUACACAGCACCGGCCACAAACACUCACCGUGGCCGGGGGCCUGCUUCCUACCGAAACAAACGCUACCAAAAGCUGCAGCCACCCUCCCACUCCAAACAGCACCACCGGCUCUCCCAGCAGGACUUGUCCAGCUCUUGCCAGGGCGACGACAGCAGCCAGAGGACCAGCAGCACUUCUGAGACCUCCUGGACGGUACAGAGGAGCUGCUCCCUGUACUGCCUGCCAACUGUCAGACACUCCCCAUCCCCAGCCCCCUCGCUGCUCUCCAGCAGCUUCUCCAACAGGACUGCAGCCUUCCGCUUCAACAUCGACAACCUGGAGGAUGCUGAGGAGACAGACGUGGACACUGGGCUGAAGCUUACCAGCUCCGACAUGUCUGUGGUCUCUGCCUACACCAGACUGGCUGCUAAUUUCCAGUCGUUUUCUUCUCCCGACAAGGUCUACAGACACCCUCCGAGAGCCAUACCCCUUCGGACGCGGCCUCUUUCAAUGCAUAACAACCCUCUCCCUUCCUACUCCGGCCUCUCCUGCAGCUCUCUCCCUUCUCUCUCGGAUAUCUCCUUCUGCGGCUCCUCUUGCCCCUCGUCUCUCAAACCGCAGCGGCCUCAAAGCGCGUCCAGCCCCUCGCACAGACUGACCCCCCCGGCCCUUAGGCACUCUGGAGACAGCGGACACGGCACAGAGACCGAGAGCAUCACCCUCCGACAACAAGUCGGAAGUCACGAACCGCCAGAGGAGGAUCCUGAGCAGGAAUUCUACAUCUAGAAUGCUGACCUGCCACUAAUGUUGUAAAAAGCUCAGGCUCCACUUUGGUAUCCUGUUCCCACCAUUGCCAGGAUAUGUUUUGUUUGGGAGCUACCCUUUUAAACAUGAAUAAUGUUUAAAAACUGCAUUGUAUAGUUAUAUUGUACAAAACACUAUUGCGAAAUGAUAUUAUUGGAGUAAUAGAAUGUUGUAUAGAUUAUCAUAGCAUUCUAGUUUUCAUAUUCUUAAAUACUGAUUUUUACAGAUAUUCAAAAACUGUUGUCCUGUUUUGCAGAUUAUUUUUCCACAAACACCCCCAACACAGGUUAUAUUUAGUGUCUUUCAAAAAUUGGAUCAACAUGCCUUUUUGCCAAGCCUUUCCUUUGUCUGCCUUUGGUAUGAAAGGCUCACACACUGAGGCCUAAGGACCAGUGAUUAGGGCAGAGGAUCAGAAGGCAGGAGACCUUGGGAUCAAACCACAGCUCUGUGACUGUCCCUCCUUAGUCAGGUGUCGCCUGGCCACAAAACUGAGCAAAACUGGACUGAAGACAAGACAAACUGUGAAAUGUGCUAGGGUUUAAUCACAGGCUGAUUAUUUGAUCUGUACAGCACUAAAAAUAAAUACAUUCCAAGCUGUGCUGCCAGGGCAUACUUACUGCAGACUAUAGGAAUAUUUUAUACCACCUACAAUUUAUAUUUAAUUCCUUAACUGCUUAACCGUUUGUUGGUAAAUGUUUGGUGGCUUUGUCUAAUCAAGUUGAGAGUGUAUUUCUCACUCACUCUUUGCUUCGUCAGGGUCUGUCCGACAAAGACUGCAAGAUAAAGGUGUCUGCCAAAUAAAUAAAGAAAACUGUAAUAAUAAAGUACGCUCUCAACUUGAGUAGAAGUAGCCACUGAAAACUUACAAACAUAAAAGUCUAAAUCUAACUAAAAAACAGAUGAAAACCUGAUAUUAACGUACUUAAUCUGUUCUUAUAGAACCUGUUGUGGUUUAAACAUUUAGAAUGCUUUGUCAUUGACAUUCUGAGUGUGAGUGCUACACUCUCAGUGAAAUUAUAAGUGUAGAUGCUGCUAAUAGGUUCCAGUGGGCACAUGCUUUAUAAUGACUAUACAGCAACAAUGUUUCUUUUGAACCAGUUGUGAAUUUCUGUGAUGUGGUUUCAGAAAUCAAACCACCAGUGUGUGCAGCUAUAAUAUCUGCGCCGCUUACAACUGUGGAAACUGGGAGUUAGUAAAUGGGAAAGCUCUAUACAAAUGUAAAGUACCCCUUUAAGGGCUAUGGGGGAGACUGCUCACUGCAGACAGAAAUAAAGAGGGUGUGGCCCGCACAACGUGCAGGAAUCAGCUGAUUUAUUUCACUUGCAGAAACAAGUCAACACGGUCAGUGUGAAGAGCGUAGGAGAAUCACAAGCAGGAAACUCAGAAAGGUCAGCUGGAAAGCUUGUAAAGAAGAUUGGGUAAUUGGUCUGGACCGUAAAUAAACCAAUCAAUAAAUAUAAGCAGUACUAUGGAGUAGCAGUUUGGGCUUCUGGGGGUACAGUGCACGUUGUUAUGCUUUCAUGCACAAGGAAUAAUCCUCCUUAUGAAUUUAGCUGAGCGAGAGCUAAUGGAUGAGGAGGAUGGAGGAAGACAACACUGACCACAGAGAGAGGCAGGAAGUUUGGGUUUAAAUACAGGAUCAUUUCUAUUGUGCGGUUUUAUUUUUGUAAGUUAAAGCCCUGGCUUCACUGUUUGCAGGUAGGAUUCACGCCUCUAAAUCUUACACAUCCAAUGUUCCACAUUGUUUAACAUACACACUGUUACACAUCCAAUGUUCCACAUUGUUUAACAUACACACUGUUACACAUACAAUGUUCCACAUUGUUUAACAUACACACUGUUACACAUACAAUGUUCCACAUUGUUUAACAUACACACUGUUACACAUACAAUGUUCCACAUUGUUUAACAUACACACUGUUACACAUACAAUGUUCCACAUUGUUUAACAUACACACUGUUACACAUACAAUGUUCCACAUUGUGUAACAUACACACUGUUACACAUACAAUGUUCCACAUUGUUUAACAUACACACUUUGGAGCUUUUAGGGAAUGUAAAGCAGCUGACCUUCCUCAAAACCAAAUGCGCAUGCUUUCUAAAUUCCUCUGGUGUCAUACAUCAUACUGCCUCUUACUUUCCGUUGGUGUGUAGAAGUGUGCUUUGUAUAUUUAAGUUGCAUUCGUUUUUCAAAUGAACAGUUUCAAGGCAUGUAGUUAAUCAAUUGAUAAAUAAAGUCAAAUUGUGCUGCUGAGCAAUAA